UAAAGAAAAGAAAACAAACAACAGCUAGGUUGACAUCAGCCGCAUUUCAACAUUUUGCUCAAUGUGCAUUUCUUCAUUUCUCGCUAACACGUUUUCCUACCGGCUUUAACAAUAACAGUUUAAGUUGAAAACAAGAUUUUAGAGUGAAAUGAAAAUGACCAGCAAAAAAGUAAAACACGAGGAAGAUGAAACCGAACGGAUGGAAAGUGGUGAUGAUUCCAGUGAUGACGAAAACCCGGAUAUUUAUAAGGGUGACGAGGGAAUCACCGUCGAUUUCGAGGGUCGUAAUCCAAUUGAUGCCGACAUAGAUGGGAUCAAACAGAUGCUUGGACAGCUUUUCGUGAAAGCUCACAUCGAUCUCAACGAGUUAGCGGGGUUAAUUAUCGGACAAAACUAUGUUGGCAGCGUUCUCAAACAGGCUUACAAUGAUGAUGAUGAAGACGACGAGGACGAUGAUAUGGAUGAUCCUUGUCAGGUUGUUUUCGGUGUGACGACAGCCGUCAACAUCACCAACAAGCAGGACCAAAACUGCGUCAAGCAGUUACAAAAAAUAGUGUUUGAUAAGGCGGAAAAAUAUGCCACUGAUUCGGUCAUACAAACCUUCCGCGACGCACUGCAAAAUGGCUCGAAAACCACAGCUCUACUGCUUAACGAACGUUUUGUGAACAUUCCUGCCGCUGUGUGCGUGCCGAUGUUUGAGAAUCUGCUGGUGGAGAUGGACCGUGCGAGGGCGAAGGGAAUGCCAUACAAAUUUGAUUACUAUCUGAUGUUUGUAAAGUACUACCAGAAAGCUGCUGGCGGCGGAAAACCGGCCGAAGUUUUGUACUCCAAUGACGAGGAAGAGUACUUUAUUAAGGAUUCGGUGGCAAGUUUUGAUUACUCGGUACAGAAGGAAACCACUACGGCACUGGCCGGAAAUUGGUUGGAGGAUGACGAUGAACUGCAGCCGUUCAGGAAGGUUCUGCUGAUCGACGCAAACAAAUUCCAGGAAACUGUCAAUACAAUCAAGAGUUUGGUCGCAAGUGCGGUCAAUAAUUGAUGAGGGGAAAUAAAGUAUAUGUGACUUCUGUAUCAAAA